AUGUUCGACGACUACCGCGAGAUCGAGGAGCUGGACCAGCUGGAGGCAUCCGGGAUGGAUGAGGCCUAUGUUGAGGACAUGACGAGCGAGGAGCGCGCCCAGGCGCGGCGGUCGGCGGAGGCGGCGCUGGACAGGCGCGACAGGGAGAACCGGAGGCGGCGCCUGGGCAUGGAGGUCCUCAACGAGGACUCCGAGAUGACGGGGUCAGGGAGCCCCAAGCCCAGAAGGAGGAGGAGGGUGGAGGCCGCCCAGGCAGGUGACCUUGCCGAUGAGGACUACGACGGCCUGGUGGACGUAAACAUCGACGACCCUAGAGGAGACCUGCGCGACUGGAUUUUGCAGGACCGCGUGAGGGACGAGAUCGCUCGCCGCUUCAAGCGCUUCAUUCAGCAAGCCAAGAACGCGGCAGGGCACCGGAUCUACUGGGAGAAGUUGAACAAGAUGGUGAUGGAGAGCAGGAAGGCUCUGGAAGUGGACUUCGUGGACCUGGGACGCGCCUUCAAGAGGCUGGUGAUCUUCUUGGUGGAUGAGCCGCGCCUCAUGCUGGACAUCUUCAACGAAGUGCUGCUGGAGCUGGCAUCUCUUCUGGUGACCAACUUUGCCGAGCUGGGCUACACAGAGGCAUUUGUGCGAAUCAUCAACGUGCCCAGCGACGAGACCCUCCGCACAAUCCGCCAGAGCCACCUCAACACACUGGUGGGCGUGUCAGGCGUCGUGGUGCGACGCACAGGUGUCUUCCCCCAGCUGAAGAUCUGUAUGUACGACUGUACAAUAUGCGGCAACCUGCUGGGGCCCUUCUACCAGAAUACGGACGCAGAGGUGAAGCCUAAUACCUGCCCCAGAUGCCAGUCCAAGGGGCCCUUCGCAAUGAAUAUGAAUGAGACACAGUACAACAACUAUCAGAAGCUCACGCUGCAGGAGUCACCAGGUACAGUGCCUCCAGGCAUGCUGCCAAGGCAGAAGGAGGUGGUGCUGCUGCACGACCUGGUGGACUGCGCUCGACCUGGGGACGAGGUGACGGUGGUGGGCAUCUACACCCACAUAUACGACUCGUUCCUGAACUCCAAGAACGGCUUCCCUGUGUUUUCAACCAAGAUUGAGGCCAACAGCGUGGUGAGGAAGGACGACAAGUGCUCGCUGUUCCACCUGACGGACGAGGACACGAGAUACAUUGAGAGGAUGGCAGCUGACACAGACAUAGGCAGGAAGAUCAUCAACUCCAUCGCGCCGUCCAUCUACGGGCACGAGUUCAUCAAGACCGCCAUCGCGCUGUCCCUCUUCGGCGGCCGCGAGAAGACCAAGGACUCCCACCGCCUGCGCGGCGACAUCAACAUCCUGCUGCUGGGCGACCCCGGAACCGCCAAGUCCCAGUUCCUGAAGUAUGUGGAGAAGACGGCGGCCCGCGCGGUGUACACGACGGGGAAGGGCGCAUCCGCGGUGGGCCUCACGGCGUCGGUGCACAGGGACGUCGUGACGCGGGAGUGGACCCUGGAGGGCGGCGCGCUGGUGCUGGCGGAUCGCGGCGUGUGCCUGAUCGACGAGUUCGACAAGAUGAACGAUCAGGACAGGGUGAGCAUCCACGAGGCGAUGGAGCAGCAGAGCAUCUCCAUCAGCAAGGCCGGCAUCGUGACGUCCCUGCAGGCGCGCUGCGCCGUCGUGGCCGCGGCCAACCCGAUCGGCGGCCGGUACGACCCCUCCAAGCUGUUCGCCGCCAACGUGGAGCUGUCGGACCCGAUCCUGUCGCGCUUCGACGUGCUGUGCGUGGUGCGCGACGUGGUGGACGUCUUCAACGACGAGCGGAUGGCGAGCUUCGUGGUGGGCAGCCACGCGGACAGCCACCCGGACAACGCGGACCGGAUGGACGAGGUGUGCCGCGCGGCCAAGGGCAUGCUGGACGACGCGCCGCACGGGUCGCAGCAGGCCAGCGACGCGUCGCCGGCGGGCGCCCCCACGCAGGACGCCAACGAGGACAGGAUCCCCGAGAUCAUACCCCAGGAGAUGCUGAAGAAGUACGUGGCCUACGCCAAGCAGCGGGCGCGGCCGGCCCUCGGGGAGAUGGACUACAACAAGCUGGUGGAGGUGUACACCGAGCUGCGGCGCGAGGCGGGCAUCAGCCACGGCAUGAACAUGACGGUGCGACACCUGGAGAGCAUGAUCCGCAUGGCGGAGGCCCACGCGACGAUGCACCUGCGGCACCGCGUGGAGCCCGGCGACCUGGACGUGGGCAUCCGGAUGGUGGUGUCCAGCUUCAUCGCGACGCAGAAGACGCGCGUGCAGCGCGACCUGGAGCGGAAGUUCAGGAAGUUCUUGGUGCGCGGGCGGCACGCGUCGUCGCUGGGCUGGUCGCUGCUGGAGGCGAUGGUGAACGAGGAGGUGGCAGAGCUUCGGCUGAUGGGGGUGGGCAACAUGCCGGAGUGGGUGAAGCUGCGGCUGCGGGACGUGGAGCGGCGGUUCAGGGACUCCAACGUGGACAUAGAGGGCUUCCUGGCGAGCCAGGCGUUCGCGCGCAGCCACUACGUGCUGGAUGACGCGGAGAAGGUCAUUCGCCUGCACUGGAUGCGCGCGGGGGACCUGGGGGGCGACAGGCCGGAUGCGCCCCCAGCCAUCGCGGUGCACUGA